GUGGAUGCGACCAUGCUCAAAAGGGAGACGAAACCAGAAAGUGACAGGCCAAGGAAAGUCCGGUUUCGAAUUGCUUCAUCUCACAGCGGGAGAGUCCUGAAGGAAGUGUAUGAAGAUGGACAACCUGCAGGCUCUCUGGAUUCUGAAUGUGCCAGUGUCUGCGGCAUAGAUGGACUAAGUGAGUCUGAUGGACAGCAGAAUGGUCACCUUGGCUCAGAAAGUGAUGAAUAUGAGAAUGAACAGGAUAAUUUGCUGGUCUUAGCAAGGGCUGCAAGUGAGAAGGCCUUUGGUACAAGACGCGUCAACAUUUUAAGCAAAAACGGAACAGUGAGAGGUGUCAAAUAUAAAGUGAGUGCCGGCCAAGCUCUUUUUAACAAUUUGACCCAAGUGUUACAGCAACCAUCAACUGAACUAGAAUUUGACCGCGUAGUGAUUUAUACCACUUGUCUUCGUGUGGUCCGGACAACCUUUGAAAGAUGUGAACUGGUUAGAAAGAUUUUCCAAAAUCAUCGAGUAAAAUUUGAAGAGAAAAAUAUUGCAUUGAAUGGUGACUAUGGAAAAGAACUAGAUGAACGCUGUCGACGAGUUUCAGAAGCUCCUUCCCUCCCCGUUGUGUUCAUUGAUGGCCAUUAUCUUGGGAGCUCUGAUUUGUUCAUCAAGCUGGCUUAG